GUGGAAGCAUCACUGUUGCCGUCGAUGAACGCCGAACGCGCCAUCUGCGGUCACUAUGCCGCCUCCUGUGGUGCGGUUCGGCACGCCCCUGGCCCAGGGUCCUGUCGGCCUUGCCCUCACCGCGGCAGCUGCGUUGAGCCGCGGCCCAGCCCACCGAGCCCUCGCGCUUCCGCUUCCGCUCCGGCUCACGUAAAGUGGGGGAUGGUCCGGGCGCUGGGUCGCUGGCGGGCGCGGCGAGCCCCGUGUCUGCCCGGGCCUCGGCGGGGGCUGGCACGACGGCGGAACCCGGAGGAUGCGGCGGGCGCGGGUCCGGAGGGCAAGGGGCCCAUUCCCUUCUCCGGCAGCAAGCCCAGUCCGCGGUUUUGGAGCGUUAGGCGGUCGAUGGGGAACGACCACGAGAGGCCGUCGGUGAAGGUGCUGCCUCUUAGUGUGCUAGGCGCAGGGCAGUUGCUAUGGUGUGUGUUCACAGAGAACAGGGAGACCGACGAGCGACUGGAAGCGGUUCUCUUCGGCCAGAUCGUGGACUCAGAUACGGCCCAGGAAAGCAAUGCUCCUCUUCAGCUGCUGAAAGAGAACUGAGCACGGGAGUGCGGCUGCCGUGAGGGAGCUGACAAAAGUUUGCUGGCAUUCAGCUUUUUAAAAGCAGUACUGGCGCUGUAAUGAAAAAAACAUGUUUUUCUAGUUUUUCGGCAGCCUUAUCUUGCAAGUUUGAUUUCUUCACGGUGUUUUCUGUGCCGGUCUUGCUGUAGUAAUUUACACUGGUAGGAAAAGGUGUAGUUUCUGGAUUGCACAGGUAGGGAUGAACUGGAUGUAUUGCAAUCAAGUUGAACUUGAAAGUAAGUUUUAUGCAACCCAUCAUUUUUCUAUGAAUCGUUUUUCUUAGCGGAUUGUUGUAUUAAAAAAUACCUAAUGUGAUUGUCUGUGAAAUUACUGCUUAAGGUGACUUUCAUUUCACAUUUUGGUAGUUAAAGAAUAUGUUCUGUUUAUACUGAAGACAGCUGUAAAGGAAUGAUUAAUUACUAUGCAGUUAUGUUCUGAAUUUUUGUAUGUAAUUCUCCUCAUUAAUGUAGAAAUUACCUUCAAGGGUGCAUUCUUUGUGAACUAGAACUUUCUGGACUUGGUUGAUUUACACGGUCAAUACUGGCAGGAGAGUAUUUUGCCCAAAAUCAAAAUGUUGGCUUGUGUUAUAUUGGGGAUGUCUCAUUGAACAAUACAGUACCUAGGCUUUUUGUGCAGGUUCAUAGAUAUUCAAGCUUGCACUCUCUGGAAACUUUUCUUGGAGAGGAGAAAUGUAAAAUACUAACAUGACUUUGUUCCCUUCAAAAUUAGAGGCUUUUUAAAGUUCUCAAAUGGAAAAAUGGAAAAUCAGGUUUGUAUCAUGAAAAUCCCUAGUUAAAACCCCAACACCAACAAAGAUGAUAGCAGCUAUUAAGAUAGGCUGAAGCUAUGGAGAAAUUGGGGGUAGCAUCACAUUUGUGUAAUACCACUGAUUAGUCUGAACAACAUGCACUACUGUGGCUUUUGAUUUUGCUGUAGAGUCCCUUAACCACAUGAUGCUACAUUUGAUUUGGUAGUGUCUCAAAGUUUAAUCUUGGUAUUCAGCUUUUACUACAGUGGAAUGUUGCAAGUGAGAUCCAUGGGGGCAUCCUGGUGAAUGAGUGAAACAAUAAUCCUGGUUUGGGUUUUUUAGCUUGUUUGUUUGUUUGUUUGUUUAAUAUAUUGAAGCUCAGGUGUAAUGCCUGUUGCUUCUGACUAGCCUUCUUGCACCAUAUUCUGUGGAAACAAUGAAUUGUAUAAGAAAUACAGAGCUGCCCCUCCGUAUGUGUUUAUAC